AUGCUUCAGAUUAAUUUUAGGAUUUCACUAUUAAUUUUAUUCUUGGCCAUAUUAGGAGUGUCAUCUGCUCUGAAUGGCACUCAGCUCUCAGAUAUGCUCUCUAAUUCUUCGGGUUACUCUUUCCCGUACAAAGAAAUGGAAGUAAUUAUUGGCGGAAAAAGUAGAAGGGUCUUAUUUAUACCGGAUGGGACGAGUGAUGAAUGCAUCAAGGCUGCUGGGGUUAGAUGUGAGGCUCUUGAAAAGACGGGCGUUCUUUGUGUUAUAUAUAAAUUGAUCUCUCUUGACUUUGGAUAUGGUGUAGAGGGAGUUAAGAACGAUUUAAAAUUGACUCAAAGUGAAUCCAAAUACAACUUGAUUAUGACAAUUGAUAGAGAUUUGGAAAAGGUUGUUUCCGAUGAGGAAGAGUACAAGAGAGUGAUGCCAGAAAUAGAGAGACAAAUUAAAAAUUUGAAAAUUAAUUCAAAGUUUGUAUUCUUGGUUUCUAAACAAGGGGGAGGAAAGUUUGUAUAUACGGGGAAUGGAGGUAUUUCCAAGUUGGAGAGAGGCACUGCUCACUAUGCAUACCUUUACAAUGAUAAGGUGGAUAAUAAGGUAGACAUGCUUUCUGGAGCAGAUUUAAGAAAUAUUGAAAGGGCUAGGCAGUUAUUUAUAGAAUAUUUAGGUAAAAUGGAUGGGGGUAGAUUUAAUGAACGCCAAAUAGCCGAGUUAGCAGCUAGACUAAGAGUAAUAGACUCUAUUUUAAAUAGUGAUGGCAGCUGCAAGAAAUGCCUUGAACUAAAUAAGAGCUGCUCUCAUUGCUUAGACUUUGUUAGUUCAAAACGAAAUAGAGAUUAUUAUGAAUUGGCCAAGAAGUUCCGAAAGUAUGACGUAUCAAUCGAAACUAGGAUUAGUAAGCACGUUAAAAAAGGGACUUAUGCAACUCUAUUCGUAAUGAGCAAUGUAAACGAUAGCAGAGUUCCUAACUUUAGUCAAUCUAUUAGAAUUGGUUCUAUGGGGAAUGUAAAGUCGACUGCCGUGGUUUCUUCCGGCUUAGGGGUGAACUGUCAAGGUCUUUCUGAACAGGAUUUGGUUCUAGUUAGAAGAAUGAUUUCAUUAUUUAGUGUUUAUUUUGAAGAUUUAAAGUUAAGAAGUGAUUAUGACGAACUUUGUGUAGCGGUGAGCCAAAUGUCCAAGUCCCCAGAGAGAUCAGGGAAAUUUGCAAGCCCAUACUCUGUGGAAACUUGUGCAGCAGCUACCGCUUUAUCCUUGGGAAAUUUCUAUCCAUCAUUUAUUUCGGAGACAGGUGGGCUUGAUCCGGCAACUGAGAACAGUUUGAUUGUUUUUUGUUCCGCAGUUUUGCGUCAAGAGCCUCUAGGGCUUGUGGAUAAUCUUUCUCCAGUAUACUCUCCAACUGGAGUUUUGGUUUCUCCAACUGGAGGUAAACUCGAUGCGGCCAUUUUGUUAAUUAAGAGCAGAUCAGAGGAGUCUGUUAUGACAUCUUUGCUGGAAGGAAGCGCUUGUUCAUUACAAGAUAUGUUUAAUGCUGGAUGGAAAUUUGAUAAGAAACUCAAGAUUUGGGUUAGAGGUAAUAAUAACAGGAUUCCUUUGCCGAUAAUGGUAAGGUAUGGUUUGACAGAAGAUGGAAAACUCGCAGCUUUCUCACUAGAAGGUAGAGAUGCUUAUUUGUAUUCCAAAGGAGCAGAUGUACUUAAGACAGAUCCUGUUUACACACCUACUUACUCUUCCUUGAUAGGAGAUCGUUGUCUUUCUCCAUCAAAUGUUGAGAAUUUUAAGAGUGUAAGUAAAGUUUACGAGCACGAGACCUUGGCUGAGCUGAAUGAAGCCAAGAAGAACGUUGAGUUCGCGGCCUUAAACUCCAAAAAGGCUUCUAAGACCGCAGCAGAAGCAGUUAUGAAGUACGAGGAAGCAAUUGAAAAUGAGAAGAAGGCGAUGGAAUUAGCCAAAAUUGCAACAGAAGUCAAGAAUUAUCAUGAUGCAAAGCUAAGAGCUAGUCAAAGGGCAGCUGAAUUAGCAAGGCUUGAGGAAAGACUCGUCGAAGCAAGUGAGAAGAGGGCUCAGGCAGCCAAUAUUAGCGCAAAAGCUCUGAUAGAAGCCUCAGAAGCAGAAGCCAGGAGAAGAGAAGCAUCUAAUAGAGCAAAGAUGGCGGCAGAGAAGGCUACUGAACAUAUAAAAAACGCUCUAGAUAUUCAGAAGCAGCUCAAGUUACAGUUAAAACAGGACGCCAAGCUUAGUGCCUCUUAUGAAUCUGCUGUAGUUACAGAAGAUAGAUUAAGGAUUGCACAUAAUGAGGCCCAGGAGUCACUUGAGAAGAUCAUCAAAAAUGAACGUGAGAUCACUAACGACUUUGAAAAGGAUAUGAACUUGUUGCUUGAAGAGGAGCAAAGAUUGAGAAAGUGUAUUGAAGAAUACUCCAGUAGACGCCUUGCACUCUUAAGCAAGUUGGAGGAGAUUAAUGCUGUAUUAACAGGAAAGGUUGAAGAGUCUAAACGCAUUAGAGACCAGCUACGCGAGGAGACGAAACUUAAGCAGCAUAAGGUUGAGGCCGAGCGUGCUGAGCUUGGAAAGCUCUCUAACUUAAUGGUUUCUCAAUCCGCUGAAGUUAAUGCUGUUUCGAUAUCAAUCAAAGAAUCUGAGAUUCUCCUCAAAGAAAUGGAGUUGGUCGCUGAACAAAAGGCAAAAGAGGCAGAACAAGCCAGACAAAGCUUUGUUGAGAUGAGUGUAAAAAUUAAGGAACUCCAUGUUAUUUAUGAAACCUUAACAAUUAAGUUGCAGGGCUUAUCUACAAACCAGAAGAAACUCGAGGAAUCUGUAAAAAUUGCAGAGCAGGAUCUUAAGUACAUGCUGGAAAGGCUUGCCGAAGUGGAGGCCAAAAUUUCUGAGUACGAGAAGUCCAGAGCUGCUCUUGACGAGAAAUCGAAGGAAGCUAGUGAGCUACUUGCUAGGGAGACGCUUCUUAUUUCGAAAAUUGAGGAAAUCAAAAACAAGCGUUCAUUGCGCAAACAGGAGUUGGACAAAUUGUUAAAGGAACAGUCUGAUGUGAAAUCUGAAAUUUCAGCUUUAUUGGUUGCUAGAAACUCAGCUCUAAACAUAAUUAGAAAGACAUUGAGUGAUAUAGAAGAAGCCAGAAUUGCUAGUCAGGGAAAAACAGCUGAAAUGAGAUCACAAUACAAGAAAACUUCAAUGCUUGCAGAACAAUCUAUGAAAUCAGUCGAAGAACUUAAAGAGGAAGUUUGUAAUGCAUUGUCAGAAGAAGAACUUAAAAGCAAGGACCUUCAGGAGAAGAUUAAGUGCGUUAAUAGAAUGGACUUGGAAGUCAAAAAGGCAGAGGAUGAAUUGUCAAAAUUUUCUCAGAUUCCGGCACCAGAAGUUCCUUUGACACCACAAGUUCCUAGAAUAAGAUGUGAAGUUAUCGAAUAA